AUGACUACAUCAGCCACUAAUAAGACUGAGGCAAUUGCCCAUAAGGAUAAAGGUAAUACCCACCUUUUAGCCCAUGAACUUGACAAGGCCGUGGAAGAGUAUACUAUUGCUAUUGAACUUGACCCUCACAAUGCUAUAUUUUAUAGUAAUCGUGCCCAAGCACACAUCAAGCUUGAGAACUACGGGUUGGCCAUCUUGGAUUGUGAUGAAGCAUUAAAGAUUGAUCCCAGUUUACUUAAGGCAUAUUAUCGUAAGGGUGUUGCCCAAAUGGCUAUUUUGAAACAUAAAGAGGCAUUAGCUAACUUUAAGUACAUUUUAACGAAAUUGCCAAAUGACAGAUUGACUUUGGAGAAUUAUAAGCAGUGUAGUGGAUACUUGAAGAGACAAGCUUUUGAAAGAGCCAUUGCUGGUGCAGACCACGUUAGUGUUAUUGAUCUGGUUGAUUAUGGUGCAAUUCAAAUUGAAAAAAGUUGGCAAGGGCCAAGUGUUGAUGUGAUCAAGAAGAAGACCGGUGGAGUUGAAAUAACCGGUGUUGAUUUGAGCUAUUUGAAGUAUAUGAUUGACUUGUUUAAAAAGGGUGGUGUUCUUCCUAAACGUCAUGUGUUUGGUAUAAUUGCCAAAUGUCACGAAUUAUUCAAGCAAGAACAAACCAUGGUGGAAAUAAUGUUACCUCACACCAAGUUGAACAGUGAAAAACAAAACGACGAAAUCAUAUUGGAAAAUGGUAAGAAGUUAACGAUUGUUGGUGAUACUCAUGGACAAUUUUACGAUGUACUUAACUUGUUCAAGAAAUUCGGACACGUAUCAGAAGAUCAUAUUUACUUAUUUAAUGGGGAUUUCGUUGAUCGUGGUUCAUGGUCUUGUGAAGUUGCAUUAUACUUGUAUGUACUUAAACUCAUUUUCCCAAAACAAGUGUUUAUCAAUCGUGGUAAUCAUGAAACCAGUGAUAUGAACAAAACAUAUGGCUUUGCUGAUGAGUGUGAAUUCAAAUACCUGAAGAAAAUCUUUGAAGCAUUUAGUGAAUCAUUUGGUGCUUUGCCAUUAGCAUGUCUUAUAAACAGAUCCUAUUUAUGUAUGCAUGGGGGUUUAUUUUCCAAUGAUCAAGUGUUAUUAAGUGAUAUCAAGGCAAUUAAUAGAUUCCCUAAAUCUGGUUCCUCCCAACCACCUCGUGAAGGGUUAGCCAUGGAAUUGUUAUGGACUGACCCACAAACCACGAACGGAAGAUCACCUUCUAAGAGAGGUAUUGGUAUGCAGUUCGGUCCUGAUAUCACUGAACGUUUCUGUUUGAAUAAUAAAUUGAGAAAAAUUAUUAGAUCUCAUGAAGUAAGAAUGGAUGGUGCUGAAUCUGAGCAUAACGGAAGAUUAAUUACUGUUUUUAGUGCUCCUAAUUAUUGUGAUGCUACCGGUAACUUGGGGGCUGUUAUUCACAUUACGGAAAAUCAAACCUAUGAUGUCGAAAAGCAUGAUGAUGAAGGAUAUAGAAAAGUUGAUGAUGAAAAUUGUCCUUGGACUUUAGUUACUGAGACAUUUGAAGCAGUUGAACAUCCUGAUAUGAAACCAAUGGCUUAUUCAAAGGGUGGAUUUGGUUUUUAA